AUGCCUACAGCAUUAACCAUAACAAUUUACGAGGCAUCAUCAGCAUCAGCACAUGUUGUCGGAACUGCUUCACGAACUGCCAUAAAUAGAUUUUCACCAACAAGACCACCACUGAAAACCACAACUGAUGACAUUCCAGAUCUUGAUAGAAAUAGGGUUUCUCUGGACAUUCCGGACAAGCUUUUUGGAAGUUCAUUCAAUACAGUCACGAAUGUGUCGAAAAUCAUCGGAGAUUUGAUGAUGAACACAUCACGUCGAACAGCACAAUUUUUAUGGAUUUUCAAGCCACUCUUUGGAAAUGCACUUAAAAUUGAAAUACCUGAUCCAACAACAACGACCACAGAGGAACCAGAGCGAUUGUAAAAUUUUAUUUUAAUAGCUUAAAUUUUGACAUUAAAUUUUCUGUUUUUAAAUGGAAUGACCUCCUUCUGUUUUUGUUUAAUUUAUUUAUAUUCUCAUCAAACUUUUAAUAAAUUUUUAUGGACAUGAUUAUGGGUG